GCUCUUAUAUAUAAAACGUAACGGAUAUCUUUAAUUUAUGGUUGAUAUAUAUACAAGUCGACAACUAUGGUGACAAAUAUUUCCUUAGUAUCAAGGCUACAAUAAAAAUAAACAAAAUUUUUAAAAUUCUGUACUUUCAGUCUGGUUUAUUAUCUGUUUCAUAUGCAAGUUACAAGGCAUUUUAAUCGGAUUCUAUUUUUAUAGCAGUGUUUAUUUUCCGUCGACGUUAUUAAGUAGGUGUAGGUAGAUCAAAUUAAAUUUUUUACAUUAACAUUGUGGUACACUAGUGGUGUUUCAACUUUGAAGUCAAAAGUUGUAAAUUUCUUUUAUUCUAUUUGUGAGUGUUUCUAUAGUUUAUGCAUAAAUCGUUUUAUCUAAAUUUAUAAGGAAUUUACAAACAGUGCAUUUCUGGAUUAAUAUUUAUCACAGAUGAUUCUUAGAACUUUGUUAACAAUCUUCCUUUGUACAUUACCAACAUGGAGUCGAUUACCUGAAGAAUUGCGAGAGGUUAGAGAAGAUGACAGCAGAUGUUACCAACAGUGUUUUUAUCAACCGGAGGAUUCAUGUCCAAGUCCUGACGAUCCAUGUAGAUGUCGUCAAUUGUCUACAUGUAAAAAAGCCGUAAUCUGUUGUGAUGUGAAUGACGAAACGUUGAAAGAUCAGUUAAGGUGUAGAAAUCUUGUUCCAAAUGAAAUAGAAGCUCUGCAUAUCAGAAACGCUACUUUAGAAGUUUUAAAUCUCACACUGGCCGAAUGGAAGCAUUUACGAUCUAUGGCUAUAACUGAUGGAAAAAUAAAAACUGUAAGUGGAGCUUUUUCCAAAAUGACGGCAGUCUCCUGUUUGAAUUUAUCAUCGAAUGGUAUCACAGAGUUUCAAAAGCGGUCGCUUUGUAAUCUAUUUAGUUUGAGUUUUCUGGAUCUGUCUCACAACAAUUUAACAGAAGUUCCUAAUUUUAAAUUAGAAGGCCAUAUAACAUUAGAUAUUGUCGGAAAUCCUAUGAUAUUGUGCCAGAGCGUGAAAGAUACGUUUAAAAGGGCAAAUAUAUCAUUCAAUAACGAAAAUAAUACGUAUUGUGCCUCACAAACUAAUUACGAUUGGUUUACUUCCAAGUAUAAUGUACUAGUUUCAGAAUUAAGAAGAAUUUACGAGUUAGAAGACAAUUGUGUUCCGAAUUGUACCUGUAACAUACAAAGUCUGAAUUUUGGGGAAGGUAUGCCCAGAGUUUUCACAGUUGAUGUAAAUUGCUCAGAAAUGAAUUUGCUCACAUUACCAAAACGUUUGCCGCCCUACACAGUGAAAUUAGAUGUUUCUAAUAAUAACAUAACAUCCCUGAAAGAGUUAAGUGAUUCCUCUUAUAAUUUCUUGAAGGAGUUCAAUGCUGAUAAUAAUCAAAUAGAAUCACUAAAACUUUUGGAAGCCACUGGAUUCAGAUAUACCUUAGAAGUAUUGAGUUUAAGAAACAACAAAAUCAAAUAUAUUGAUCCAUACUUGGUAGAAGUUUAUUGUCGUACUUCAAAAUAUAUGCGUCAAUUCAAUUUAGGAUUGAAUAAAUUGAGUUGUGACUGCGCUACUAUAACAGAUUUCAAGAUGUGGUUGGAGACCAAAAUUAGUUUGAUUGUAGAUUACAAGGAGAUUAAAUGUGAAGAUACUGACAUCAGCAUCAUAGAUUUAGAUCCAUCGAAGUAUUGUCAUAGCUCAGAAGAUUGGACUAUUUAUAUUUAUUGGAUAAUAGCCGUCGAAGUGUUUUUGUUAAUUAGUCUUGUUGCUAAAGUAACCUACGAUUAUUGGGUAUUUAAAACAGCUGGUUAUUUGCCUUGGCCAGCUAGCAAAAUGCCAAAAUUGCCUUGUGAUUGGCUAUGUGAGUGAAAUUUUAUGUGAAUAAUUUUUUGAAACGGUUGUGAGUUGUGAUAUUUAUAUUAUGAUGAAAAUGUAAGUACAAGAAGCCUUAUAUGGUUUGGAAAAUGUUAUUGCAAAAGAACUGAUAGGAUUGGUAAAAAGUUCCAUAUAUUUAACCAUAAACAUUUUUUUCAAAUACCUACUCUUGAAAUAAUAUUAUAAAUGCUUAUAUAUGUGCCUUCUGUUGACAACUAAAUUUCAUAUUCAUACCGAACACACUUUUUAGUACCACUACUUAUACAAUUAUACUGUCUGUGUUUUUCGAAAAUCGAGUUAUCGUCUUCAGAAACCAAACGUAAAAUUUUUAAUCAUUUUACUUAUGACAGUGCCUGUCGGUUGUCGAUAUUGGCUAACCUACUUUAUUUACAGUGACACAAAAUGGUAUUGAAACUUCUUCUUAUUCCCUUUACCUUUACGAAUGAAGACUUGGGUCCAUAAAAGCUCAGCUGUUUCUAGUUUAUUUUGUUCAUUAUUUAAGUCUUUGUUCUUUACCUUGUCCUACUUAGUUUCUCGCUAUAUUUUUCUUAAGUGUUUCAUAUCUAUUGUUCUAGUUUUAUCUUUCUUCUUCAUUGUCCGUUUUUCUGCUGUGUUAAUGCCAACUCAUAAAUUUGUAAGUCGUGGAAUUCUUAUUCCAACACUUCCGAUUCAGGUUAAUUUAAAAGAAAACUUGAUUUAUCCAUUAUUUGCAUCUCUGAUCCUAGAAGUUUAUGUGUUCCAAAAAGAACAAGUAGUUCUUGUCAACAAUUCAAUAUAGAGAUUAUUUGAAAAAAUCGGAUACUUCAAAUUCCAUAUAUUUUUCUACAGAGAAUUUGUAAAUAUAUUGAAAAUUUGACUUGAACUUUGUAUAUCAAGUUAAUAGAUUAAAUGUUUUCAAAUAUUCUCUAUUUAAUACAAACAGGAUGUCAAUUUAUAUAAAGAAGUAAUAACUACAUAAAGCUUUUAUCAAACUAUUUGUAUAAGAGUCAUUUGUAACAAAAACAAGAAUUUAUUUAUUAUUUAUAUUGUAUUUAAGAGGCUUUUGAACAAGUUAAUGAUUGUUUUUUUCUUCCAAACACACUUUUGUCUGCAAGAGUCUUAAAAUUUCAAUUAUUUCAUAUACAUUAUGUUCUUGAAUUGUCACUUGAUUAUGAAGAACCUGUAUCAGAUGACCAUUGAUAUAAUUAUCUUUGUUAAACAUUUUCUCCAAUAUUUAUUGCAAUUUGUUCAGAACAAUUAUUAUUUUUUCGUUUUUAAUUUGUUGUGUCAACAGUAUUUGAUCACUUUUUCAUGUUAAGAAACAAAUUAACUCUCAAUUCAAUCACUUAUCGAUUCUCUAUGUAUUUAAAAUGACUUUCUCUCUAUAACCAGACAAAAUACAAAAACUUUAUAUCAAACGAUUAAUAGAACUUUACAAAAAAUUUAAUUCACUAAUUCUUAACACUUUUUUGUUUUAGUAAUAAUAAUAAAUGUUGAGCAUUACCAUUUUUCAAAUGUUCAAAGUAUGUACAUCUAUUUUUAUAUUUUAAAAUAAUUUUUUUUUCAACUGGACAUCUAAUUUUAUUAAGCAAAAAUUAAAUAUCAAUAAUCCACCAGCUUAUAGUUUGAUGAAAGUAGCAUGUAUUUGUUGCUUUUCAUUAUAUAAUGUAAUUUAUAAUAUACCUUUAUGUGAUUUAUAUAAAAAAAACAACGCUUCCUUAUAUAUACAACGAUAAAAAUGUUUAGUUUUAUAUAAAGUAUUUAUUUUGUACUACUUUAAUUCGGUAAGAAUUACCACCAAUAAAAUUGUUCUAAAAUUAGAAUCCAUAUCCAAGUUUAAGCGCAUAAUUUGGAUAAAUAAUUUUGUAGAAUUUAGUUACUAGUUAGAACGUUUUACGACGUUGUCCAAUUCCCAUUUGCCAUUGUUUUCUAUUGUUGCAGUCUUCCUCUUUUAGUUCUCGCUCGCUUAUUGAUCGUUUUAUUCCUUAUAUCCAUGUUCUCUUGGGCUUCCUCUAUUUCAGUUUUGUGGUGGUAUCCCUCAUCCCCAAUUGCUUUCUUUCUAUACACGUUGUAACUGUCGCUUUUGCACCCAUCUCGAUGUUCUAGAUGCCCUUCUCAUCGCGUCUCAUUUUAUAGCUUCUAGUUUCCUUUUCAUUUGUUCUUUUUCUUGUUUACGCCUAAAUAUCUAUAACUAUAACAUUUUUUUAUUGUUUCUUUAUAUUCCCGAUCAAGAUCCCCGGUCUCUUCGCCAAUGCAGAACUUGUUAAUUAAAUUGAAUAUCUUAGAAUGAAGGACACAACAUAUUUUCAUAUUUAACCAAUGAUUUGAUCUGUGGCAUCUAAUUCAAUCUAUUUAUUACAAGAAUAUAUUUUAAAUCUUGAUGUUAAUGCAAAUUCAAUAUUCACACGUACCGGGUGAAUAAGUUUUCACAUACUGCACAAUUCAAGAGCUAGUUGCCUCAUGUCUAGUUAAGUCUGUAUUAACACUCACAUUAUCUAACGCCUAUUUCAAUAACUAAGUGAUACACUGAAGAUGAUAACUUAGUUAUUGAAACGCGGAUCAGACAAUAUAAUCGUGACUGUGUAAUUGUAAGAAACAGUGUUCAUAUAAAUAGGUGGACAAUGUGAAUUUCUCAUAGUUAAUACACUGGAUAUUGUUUAACAUUUUUAUGAAUAUUUUUUCUACAUUAAGGAGGGAAUGACUUUCAAUAAAUUUAUUGGUGGAAAUAUUUUAAAAAUUAUACAGCAUAUUGUUGUUACCUUACUGUUAACAAUUAAGACCCAAAUACAAUAAGGUAUUGGUUGAAAUUAAAUUGUUAUUUUGCUCAGUUGUUAAUUUUGAUAAUUGUGAUGUCUAUCAUAGCUGUACUGGAAAAAAAUUAAUAUAUAUAAUAAUUAAAAUAAUUUUAAGUUAUUUAUGUAUCUGUUUCUUGUAUCAUUGGAUUGAUUUAUUAAUCAAAUAUUUAUGGUAUGGCAAUUCGAAGAUUGGUGAAAUUACAAUUAUUUCAACAGUUUUAACAAAUAAAAAUAAUAUUAAUUAUUAAAAGAUGAUUAAUAUAUUUUUCUUGAUAAUUAUUUUUAAUUUUAAUUUUUUUUAUCAAAAUAAAGAUUGAUCCAGAAAAAAAUAAAAAGGCUAAGUAAAAAAUUUAAAAAAAGUUGAUAUAUUCCAUAUUAUUUUUGACUGCAUUUUCAUUGUGUUCAUUUUAAUAUAAUAUUUAGUAUUAAUCAUUUUGUAACUGGAUUUCUCUCCAAAAUUUACAAAGACAAUCUCAUUUUUUCUCGUUCAUCUUUUCUGUAUAAACCAAUAUUAACCUUGCUCCUACAGGAGUUGUGUAACUUUGCUAUGCCAAUGAUUUCUUUUAAAUUGAAUUUAUUUUCUUGCGAGGGUGUUGCAAAAUUCUUCUGACUUUUAGCUAUCCCAUAAUAAAUUUUUACCCUUAGAUAUGUCGCUGCUAAAAUGUGGUCAACAAGGAUGUCUAAAGGUCAAGAUUUCAGCAUGUUAAUGUCCUAUAACGCAACACUUACAAUUAGGCAGCCUCAUUUGGUAAACUUGAGUUUUUGCAACCCCAAUAGUAUUUAUACAUUCGACUGGCACUACAUAAUGAUUUUGUACAAGAAAAACAGUAUGGAAAUAUAUUUGUUUAAAUGGUUUAUGCCAGAUAUGUUUUUUAAAAAAGGGAUUUGCUCAGUACUUUAUUUAUCAUUUAAUAGUCUGCAGGUUGUGCUAAACAAUUAUGUAUAUAAAUCAUACCUACAAUUAUUUAUGGGAUUAAUAAAAAAAUAC